UAUUCAUUUACUCUCUUCCUAAAUACGUAUGACAAAAUUAGUUGUUAUGAAAGAAGAGCAUGGGGAUUAAAUGUAUUACUCUCUUUUCAGUGUCUGCAAAUAGCUCUAUUGGCUAACUGGCUUAUUUGGCAAUGCUUGUAAGCAGUCUUAUAAUUGUUCAGUUUUCUUUUUUCUUUUUAGAAAUGAACCAAUUUUGACAAGAUGUAGCGCUGCACUGUGCCUGAUGGGAUCUGUCCAGUCAUGGCAUCUGAACUUUGCAAGACGAUCUCUGUGGCAAGGCUGGAAAAGCACAAGAAUUUGUUCUUAAAUUAUCGGAAUCUGCACCAUUUCCCAUUGGAGUUACUGAAGGGUGAAGGACUACAGUACUUGGAGAGACUCUAUAUGAAAAGGAACUCCCUUACAACAUUGCCAGAAAACCUUGCUCAGAAGCUUCCAAACCUGGUGGAACUGUACCUUCAUUCAAAUAACAUAGUUGUGGUUCCCGAAGCCAUUGGGUCCCUUGUAAAACUCCAGUGUUUGGAUCUUAGUGACAAUGCCUUAGAAAUUGUUUGCCCAGAAAUUGGUCGCCUGAGAGCUUUACGUCAUCUUCGAUUAGCUAAUAACCGACUGCAAUUCCUACCUCCAGAGGUUGGCGAUUUGAAGGAGCUGCAGACACUAGACAUUUCUACCAAUCGUUUGCUAACUUUACCCGAGAGGCUUCACCUGUGCCUUUCUCUGCAGUACCUCACCGUGGACCGAAACCGGCUGUGGUGUGUGCCGCGCCACCUCUGCCAGCUGCCCAGCCUCAACGAGCUCUCCAUGGCUGGAAACCGUCUUGCAUUUUUGCCACUUGAUUUAGGUCGAUCUCGAGAACUACAAUACGUGUAUGUGGAUAACAACAUUCAUCUGAAAGGCCUGCCAUCCUACCUGUACAAUAAGGUCAUCGGGUGCAGUGGCUGCGGUGCUCCCAUCCAAGUUUCCGAGGUGAAGCUGCUUUCCUUUUCAUCAGGGCAACUGACCGUCUUCCUCCCCGCCGAGGUGAAGGCCAUAGGGACGGAGAAGGACCACAUCCUGCCUCUGCAGGAGCUGGCCAUGCGGAGGCUGCACCACGCCUGCCACAGUUUUCUGAAAGAUUUGAACUUUCUGUCGCCCAUCUCGUUACCCAGAAGUCUCCUGGAGCUGCUGCACUGUCCCUUGGGGCACUGUCACCGGUGUAGUGAGCCCAUGUUUACGAUUGUCUACCCCAAGCUCUUUCCCUUGAGGGAGACGCCGAUGGCGGGGCUGCACCAGGGGAGGACAACCGUUAGUUUUGUGGCUUACUGCUGCUCCACCCAGUGUCUGCAGACUUUUGACCUACUGAGUUGAUAAACACUCAAGAGCCUCAGGAGUGUUGCCAGCUCGGCACGGCAGUUGCCUGCAUGUCACACACUGUUUGUGCAGCAGAGGGACUGGAGAGUCCAGCCAGGCCAAACCGGCCCUUACAUCCUGUCCUGUCCAACGAGGGGGACCGCAGAACUCUUGGAAGUGUCCUGAUUGAGCUUCAGACCUGAAAUGCCUCCCCCCUUCCCCCGCGUUGGAAUAUACCCUCCCCAAAUUAAGGAGCCUUUGUCUCGUGUGUUUUUCUUUUUACACAGGUGUCUCAUACACAAACUGUUGAGUUUAAUGUGCCUCCCCAACUCCAAUUGAAAGCUAGUUUCAGUUCCCUGAAGAACUAUACCUUGAUAAAAUUGUCAAGUGAACUUUUGAACACAUAUAACCCGAUGAUACUUUUCAUUCCCUCUUUCUUUCCCCAGAGGUUAUUGUCCGUGUUUAUAACAAAUUUCAGCAAACCCCACGGCCCCGAUAGUACUGAAUAGUAGGGGGGUGGGGGUGUUCCUGAGUUGGCAGAGAAGUUGGACCCCUGUGGAGGUUCCGAAGGGCCCUAGCACAUACCCUCAGUAAAGUUGCAACGUAGUUCAUAAGCUUUGCAAACAUAUUAAGACUUGUGAGGGAUUUUAAAAAUAAAAACGUAGACUGUAAAUAAAGUACACUCUUAUUUUGAAAGACCACUUACAGACAAAUAAUUUUGGAAAUGUGUGAUUCCCCAGUAAGAUUUUUUUUAUGUGAGAAGACUUUGAGGAAUACUUGAGGCUUUCAAAGAUCUGAUCCUUCUCUUUCUGGAUCUAAACAUUUUCUGACUAAGGAGGAAGAGGGAGGAAAACACAACAAAAUCUGACCUCUGGUGUUUCUUGUUAGUUGGGCUUGUGAUUAAAUUUAUAGUGACUGAAA